GGCGGGGCGGGGCGGAGCGGAGCGGAGCGGGCUGCGGUGGCGGCGACAGGAUCAGUCGAGGCGUAUUACGUUCCAGCGCCGCUCCUGCUGCUGCUGCUGUUGUUGCGGGUCCUUGGACUCCAGUGGUGCCUGGGUGAGCGGACUGUCGCGCGCAUCUUUCCUCCCUCGCGCCUUUCCAGUUGCGAAAGAGGCGGCGGCGGCGGCGCUGCUAGAGCGAGGCGGCUGGGGAAGCCGGAAAGGCCAGGCGGUCGCUGACUGCAGCAGAGGGCUUAGCAAGCAGGAGCCUGGCCAUGAGCCGCACGUGUGGGAUCUAAAGCCUGCCCUUGUUGUCGCCGCUCCCCAUUGCUCCCAUUGGAAGAGCAUGCUUUGCGCCCAGCCCGGCUUUCUCCAGAAUCUGUAUCAGAACAGGUUAUUAGGCCUGGCUGCCAUGGCAUCCCCAUCCAGGAACUCACAGAACCGGCGUCGUUGCAAAGAACCUCUGAGGUACAGCUAUAACCCUGACCAGUUCCACAACAUGGACAUUGGAAAUGGGCCCCAUGGGACAGUCACUAUUCCACGCUCAACCAGUGACACAGAUUUGGUCACUUCAGAUAGCCGGUCUACACUCAUGGUCAGCAGUUCCUAUUAUUCCAUAGGACAUUCGCAGGAUCUAGUGAUUUAUUGGGAUAUAAAAGAAGAAGUAGACGCAGGUGACUGGAUUGGCAUGUAUCUCAUUGAUGAGGUCCUGUCAGAAAACUUCUUGGACUACAAAAAUCGUGGGGUGAAUGGCUCUCACCAAGGCCAGAUUAUCUGGAAAAUUGAUGCCAACUCUUGCUUUGCAGAAUCUGAAACAAAGAUCUGCUUCAAAUAUUAUCAUGGAGUAAGUGGGGCACUGCGUGCAACAACUCCCAGUGUGACAGUGAAGAAUAAUGCAGUUCCUGUUUUUAAAAACAUCACCAGUGAAGAUGCAGUCCAGGGGCAUGGAAGCAGAAGGCUGAUCAGUUUCUCCCUCUCAGAUUUCCAAGCUUUCGGUUUGAAGAAAGGCAUGUUCUUCAAUCCAGACCCUUACCUUAAAAUUUCAAUCCAACCUGGAAAGCAUAGCAUUUUCCCAGCUCUUCCUCACCAUGGACAGGAAAAAAGAUCCAAGAUUAUAUGUAACACUGUCAAUCCCAUCUGGCAAGGAGAGCUGUUCAGCUUUGUUUCUCUGCCUACUGAUGUUCUGGAAAUAGAGGUGAAGGACAAGUUUGCAAAAAGUCGACCAAUCAUUAAGCGUUUUCUGGGAAAGCUUUCCAUGCCAGUACAACGACUACUAGAAAGACAUGCCAUAGGGGACAGGGUUGUUAGCUACACACUGGGACGUAGGCUCCCAACAGAGCAUGUCAGUGGCCAGCUGCAGUUUCGAUUUGAGAUAACCUCUUCAAUCCACCCAGCAGAUGAUGAAGAAGUCUCUAUUGCUGCAGAUAUUGAAUCAAUUGAAUUCCAAGGAAGCCCCAUUAAUAUCUCAGCAGAGGAAAUCCUUAGCGAGCCUCCAUGCACCAGCACCGUGAACUCAGAAAGUGCAGCUCCAGAAAAGCUAAAUGAAUGUCCAGUAAUCUGCAUCAGUGUUGGCAACUCUGGAUCUGGGGAGCCCACCUUGAACUGCUUCUUCAAAGAUGAGCUAGCGGGAAAUAGAGAGAUUGAUGCCAUACCAGCAGACACAAUUAAUCUCUUGGAAUCCAUCCCAGUGGAAAUAAUGCCUUCCCUGAGUGCUGUGGACCUCAGUGAACAACUACCUUUGCUGGCAUGUACGCCUCCAGAAUCUGAAGUUAGAGAAAACAAUAAAGUUAAUUCUGUUACUCAGGGAGACAAUGACAUCUUUAUCAGUAUAGAAGCCUUAUCUAUUGAUGAGAUGAGUGGAGAUGCUCAAGUUGUCAAGGAUCUAGAGAAGAGUCAGGAUGAUGAAGGGGCUUCAGCCCAGGAAGACCAGGAUGAGAAUGAUGAUGAAAAGGAGAGCAAGCUACAACUAAGGACCAUGGUGAAAAGAAAAAGCAGGCCUUGUUCCUUGCCUGUGUCAGAACUUGAAACAGUGAUUGCAUCUGCCUGUGGGGAGCCUGAGACUCCUCGUACGCACUACAUAAGAAUACACAAUCUCUUGCACAGUUUGCCUUCUGCCCAGUUUAGCAGUGAUGAUGGAGAAGAGGAGGAGGAACAACAAGGCAGCGUAAUAGAGAAUGAUGAGGAACUGACAGUGAGGGAAGUGUCAGAGAAGGAUUUAGUUAGUGAGACUGAAACAGUAUUGGCUGAACCUCCUCAGGAGAACUCAGUGGAAGAGAACUUUGUUCAUGGAACUGUUCCACGCAGCACCUCCAUUGAACACCUUGCUGAUUUAAAUGAACAAACAUUGGAUAACGAAGGGCCAAGAACUGAAAGUGACAGUGAACUGAGUCCUAGACCACAUGGUGACCCUGAGUGUGAAAUGUGUGAUACAUCCUGUUACAGCACUUCCUGCUAUAGCACUUCCUGCUAUAGUACCUCCUGUUACAGCACAUCCUGUUACAGCACUUCUGGUCAGGAGAGUGCCAACCGAUUUUCAAGCCAUACCAGGUUCUCUUCUGUUGACAGUGCAAAGAUUUCUGAGAGCACAGUUUUUUCUUCACAGGAUGAUGAGGAAGAGGAAAAUAGCGCUUUUGAAUCAGUGCCAGAUUCGGGUCAAAGCCCUGAGGUGGACAGGGAACAGCUGGAUGGCUCUACCCACUGGCCUGAGGAAUUGGUAGUUCAUGGAACAAAUCUACAGGGAACUGCAGAAAGUAUAGAGUCUCCAGUUGCAGGCCCAAGCAUCAGAAGAGAAGGUGAUUGCCCUUUGCUCCAUAAUUCUCAACCAGUCAACCAGCUUCCUUCCCUGAGACCUGAUCACCAUCAGUACCCAACUGUUGAUGAGCCUCUUCCACCAAACUGGGAAGCUCGGAUAGACAGCCAUGGACGAGUAUUUUACGUGGAUCAUGUAAAUAGAACCACAACUUGGCAACGUCCUACAGCGGCAGCUACUCCUGAUGGAAUACGCAGAUCUGGAUCAAUCCAACAGAUGGAGCAACUCAAUCGGCGAUAUCAAAAUAUUCAGCGAACUAUUGCUACAGAGAGAACAGAGGAGGACAUUAUUGUCAACCAUCUGGUGGAAAGGCUCCCUCCUGGAGGAGGCAGUGAUUCUGAAGCAGACCCUUCCCAGGCAAAUACAGAAAUUAGGAGAGAAAUACCCAUUUCACCUGUGAACUCUCAAAAAAUCACUUUGUUGCUGCAGUCACCAGCUGUAAAGUUCAUUACGAAUCCUGAAUUCUUCACAGUGCUGCAUGCAAACUACAGUGCCUAUCGAGUUUUCACCAACAGCACCUGCUUGAAACAUAUGAUUCUGAAGAUCCGCAGAGAUGCUCGUAAUUUUGAGCGAUAUCAGCAUAAUAGGGAUCUAGUAAAUUUCAUUAACAUGUUUGCUGACACACGGCUGGAACUUCCACGAGGCUGGGAGAUCAAAACUGAUCAACAAGGCAAGUCUUUCUUUGUUGACCACAACAGCCGUGCUACCACUUUCAUUGAUCCCAGAAUUCCACUUCAGAAUGGCCGCCUACCCAAUCACUUGACCCACAGACAGCACCUUCAGAGACUCCGUAGUUACAGUGCUGGAGAGGCAUCAGAAGUCUCUCGCAACAGAGGGGUCUCUUUGUUGACCAGACCAGCCAACAGCCUAGUGGCAGCAAUUCGAAAUCAGCACCAUCAUGAAUCCUUGCCUCUUGCAUACAAUGACAAAAUUGUCGCAUUUCUACGCCAGCCUAAUAUUUUUGAAAUGCUGCAGGAGCGUCAGCCAAGUUUGGCAAGGAACCAUGCACUCAGGGAGAAGAUCCACUAUAUUCGGACAGAGGGUACACAUGGACUUGAAAAGUUGUCUUGUGAUGCAGAUUUAGUAAUACUGCUGAGUCUUUUUGAAGAAGACAUUAUGUCCUACAUUCCUCUUCAAGCAGCCUUCCAUCCUGGCUACAGCUUUUCCCCUCGCUGUUCACCUUGCUCAUCACCUCAGAAUUCUCCAGGCCUGCAGCGGGCCAGUGCAAGAGCACCUUCUCCUUAUAGGAGGGACUUUGAAGCCAAGCUUCGCAAUUUUUAUCGAAAACUAGAAGCUAAAGGAUAUGGCCAGGGUCCAGGUAAAAUUAAAUUAAUAAUAAGGCGUGACCACUUGCUGGAAGGCACUUUUAAUCAGGUGAUGGCUUACUCACGGAAGGAGCUCCAAAGAAAUAAACUCUAUGUUACAUUUGUUGGGGAAGAAGGCUUGGAUUACAGUGGCCCAUCCCGGGAAUUCUUCUUCCUUCUUUCUCAGGAGCUCUUCAAUCCUUACUAUGGCCUGUUUGAGUAUUCAGCCAAUGAUACUUACACUGUACAGAUCAGCCCCAUGUCAGCAUUUGUAGAAAAUCACCUGGAAUGGUUCCGAUUUAGUGGUCGUAUCCUUGGCCUUGCUCUUAUUCAUCAGUACCUACUUGAUGCUUUCUUCACAAGACCAUUCUACAAAGCAUUGUUAAGGCUGCCUUGUGACCUUAGUGACUUGGAGUAUCUGGAUGAGGAAUUCCACCAAAGUUUACAAUGGAUGAAGGACAACAUCAUCACUGAUAUUCUGGACCUCACUUUCACAGUGAAUGAAGAAGUGUUUGGACAGGUAACAGAAAGAGAGUUGAAAUCUGGAGGUGCAAAUACACAAGUGACUGAAAAGAACAAGAAGGAAUAUAUUGAAAGAAUGGUUAAGUGGCGAGUAGAAAGAGGGGUUGUUCAGCAAACUGAGGCACUAGUUCGUGGCUUCUACGAAGUUGUAGACUCAAGGCUUGUCUCAGUUUUUGAUGCUAGAGAGCUAGAAUUGGUUAUCGCUGGCACUGCUGAAAUCGACCUUAACGAUUGGCGCAAUAACACAGAAUAUCGGGGUGGUUACCAUGAUGGCCACAUAGUAAUACGAUGGUUCUGGGCAGCAGUAGAGAGGUUCAACAAUGAGCAAAGACUACGGUUGCUGCAGUUCGUUACUGGAACAUCUAGCGUCCCUUAUGAAGGCUUUGCAGCCCUUCGAGGGAGCAAUGGGCUACGGCGCUUCUGUAUAGAGAAAUGGGGUAAAAUAACAUCACUCCCCAGGGCCCAUACUUGUUUCAAUCGCCUGGAUCUUCCACCCUACCCAUCAUAUUCUAUGCUGUAUGAAAAGCUGUUGACAGCUGUUGAAGAAACUAGUACCUUUGGACUUGAAUGAAAAAAAAAACAGGUUUUCAAUCAUUUCCUUGUCAACGACAUCGUUCCCUCCUGCUGCCAUAUGAAUUUGAUUUUCAGUAUUUUUAUUUCUGGUGGAAAAGACAGGAGAAAUAAAAGCUGUGCAUGAAGAACAGCCUUCCUUUAAGAACUAACCUUCAUGCUUUUCAUCUUUAAUUCCCAAUGGACAACUACCCUGUAUGCAAUAUGAAAACAAGGUCUCCGUGUAUCUACACAUACCUCCAUUAGUAACAAUGAUAUACGAAUGCAAGUUAUGCUACACUUGACCAAAUGUUAAUAAAUGUUUUCUUCCAUCUAUGUUAAUUAAAAAAGAACAUUCAUCAAGCAUUCCAAGCUAUAUGCUCAUCCUUUGCAUCUUAAUGGUAGGUUGCAUCUUAAUUGUAUUAAGUCUUCACCAUUGAAAGUUGGUCAAGGGCCUCGUUCAUUUGUCCUUGAUUUUUUUUGUACAUAUCAUACAAAGGUGAAAAACAUUUAUGAGCAAAAUUGAAUUUUUUAAUGUGAACUCAUAAUUCAAAUGAGCUACAUCAGUUGGAAUUGGGCCAGACAUGUGGUGCAGAUAAGUUAUUCAAAGCAACAAAACUAACCUGCAGUGCAAUGCAGAAUAUGUCAAUGAUUAUUAGUAACUGUUAAAUGCUAUAAUUGAAAUACUUACAGAUCUACUGAGGUAUAAACAAGAGCUAAUUGUUACUGAAAUAAACACGGAUUUGGGGGACUCAAGGAUGUCUUAUUACCUAGUGUAACAGACAGCACCGCUUCAAUUAUUGUACAUAACAAAAAAUAAGAGGAUGAAUAUUAUGUUUCUUUGUAUCUUCCCAUUCUGCUUAUCAAUUCUUUGUUUUUUGAUGUUCCGUUUCCUAACAGAAAAGAAAUAUAGACAAUCCUGCACUAUGUAUUGGAAGCCAUUAUUGAAACUAUAAUGAGUGGCUUUGUUUCAUUUCUCUUUGAUCUCAAAUAUCACAGAAUUAGUUUUGUAUAAAACAAUUACGCCUAACUAUAUUAUAUAUGAAGCUGCAGAGGAUGAUUGAGUUGAAAUAAUUUGAAUAAGAGGAUAAUCUUCAGAUCUAUUAUCUAAACAUCUGAAAUCUGAUAAAGUUCCAGUGGCCGGUAUAGCAGUUUUUGGGGUGUACUGAAGAGUCUAAACUCCUCUGUACCCAGGUGAAACAACAGAUGGUUAAAGAUUUUGGGCUUCAUUUUCUAUCACCAAAGUCACUGGAAAAGAAGUCAGAUUUAAAAUAAUAUUUCUCUUUUUGUUCACUGCUGCUGCACAAAUUUUCAAAACAUAAUUUGAGAAUAAAGUUGAAGCAUACAUUAGGGAUGAAAUUCAUUGAACUCAAUGAGUUUUAUUUCCAAGUAAGGAUGGAUAUAUGCUAUUUUGUCUUUACUAAAAGUUUGAACUUCUACAGUGCUAUCGUUAAAAAUUCAGUAAGACACAAGUGAUUGUGUAUGUGAUGAAAUUAUCACAGGAAGAAAGCCACCCAGAGUCUAUGGGAGUGGGCAGGUAUAAUAAAUUUAAAAUAAUAAUAAUAAUCAAUGGCCAAUAAAAUUCUAUAUUUGAACAAAGAGCUAUUCACUUGUGAUUUUGCCCUGAAAAUUGAACAUAAAGUAUGAUCACAAGCUGAUCUUGACUCUCAUUUUUUCUUACGAUAAGAAUGGAAAUUAUCUAAAGCUUACUUUAGAACAUAUGAAAGGCAAGGAUAAUAAAAGAAGAUGGAGCUUGCGAGCAAAGCUUGCUCUUUCCUGGGAUCAAGGAACUAGCAAAGAGCCCACAGGAAUACCAAUGAAUAUAGCUAUGGUGUUUCCUCACAUAAUGAUCAUGUGAGAAAAACUAUUUUAUUUAGAAAAGAAAACUUGCAGCUAGUAAACAAGUUGGUCCCUGAUUCAGAUAAGGAGAAAAUUUAAAAAUGGAUUAGCACAAUCCAGUCAAAAUUUAGAAUGCUGAUUCUGUAUUUAAUUGACAAAGAUUUUAACAUGUUCAGCAUUGUCCUUUUAAAACCAGGGAAACAUAAACUUGCUUAUUGUGGCAGGAUCAUGCCUUAAUUAGGUCAUGGUUUUUAGCUAAUCUUAAUUUGAGGUAUAUUUUGUACAUAUUUCAAAAAAGAAAAAAUACAAAAAAAGUCAUUUGCAAUGCCACAUGGGACCUGACAUUACUGGUUCAAACAGGCAUAUGAAGCAUGGAUACAGGUGGCUUGUGUGAAUGCCUUUUAUUAAGGCUAAAAAAAACUUAUUUGAUGAAGAACUUUCCACUCCAAAAGAAAAAUGUCUUUUAAAUGUCUGUUUAGUCUUGUGCUACAUAUUCUGUAAGAAUGAGGAAAUGCAAUGUAAUUUUUAAAGAAAUACUUCAGAUGAGCAGGUUCAGUGAACUUAUUUCCCCAAAGUAAUUUUAGCUUAAAACUACAUUAAAGAAAUCACUCUAGCAAUUUAGAUAGAAUUAUCAUAUUUUGUUAAAACAAUUGCCAUCAAUUGGAAAAAAAAUAACUGUUGAUACCACUUGUGUUUAUUAAGACUUUUUCAACCACAUAUCAUAUAGUAUGUGUUAUAACUGCUGCAGAAAGAUUAUACUAAAGACUUAAGAAUACUACAAAAUAUAUUUGGCACACUCUCUCUGAUUCAAGGGAACUUCUUUGCAAAUUCAUUGAACAAGCGGGAAGCCCAAUAUGACUGUUUAUAAGUCACACAGUAGGUCCCCUGCUGAAAUCCUCUCAAGAUUGGACUAAAUACAUUAUUUGCCCUUUCCUAUGCACAAAAUUCUACUGAAAUUAUUACACCUAAAGCAUGAUUUUUCAUGUGCAAGAUUGAAUCCAGUGUCGCUACACAAGCAUAUUUAUGGUAUUAAAAAUACGGUGUCAUCUGAAAAAAAUAAUGAACACAAGUAAACUAGCCAAGGCACAAGUAUCUAACUGGUUAGUUCCAGGUGGGCCAAAUAUAGCACUAUACAAGAGCUAUCUUAGUAAAAAGCAAAUUCCAGGCUUUACAAAACUGUAUAGCUAAAAUUUUUAAUAUCUUUAAGAGCUAUAUUUUAUUAAAAUUUAAAAGUAUUUUUUGUAGUAUGGUAGAAGAUUUGUAUAUGCUGUGAAGGCAUCUGAAGAGACAUAGUCGUAAAUUCCCACUAAAGACUUUGGUUCAGAUACCACCCAUGUUCUAGGAACUGAAAUAAAAGUUGCAGAUUUGGCCCUCUGAACAUUACUACUGUUGUCAGGCUAAAGGAAUGUUGGAAAUAUGUCAUACUAUUUAUUCCUCAUGCCACCUGAGCAAAACAAUUUUUCAUCUUUUUCAUACCAUUGCAGUAUUAUAAAUUAUUUAUUUCACUAAUUUAUUAUUUUUGGGGAAUGUAACGCCAUAUUAAAUUGUCUGUUACUUAUUGUACAGGUCCAUAAAUAGUAAAAGAAGAGUGCUGUCUUGAGACAGUACUUUUUUGUGGAAGAUAACACAUUUUAGAGAAUAUUCAUUUUGGUCCAAUGUGAAACUGAAGCCAUUCUAACUGAUCUUUCCUGCCCCGUUGUUGUCCUUUAAAUUGGUCAGGAAAUGAGGGAGUGGAUUCCACACAACUCAAAGUACAUGGAAAUGAGUGACACACCAGGAAAAAUACAUAACUUGUCAGGACAUCACUCAACUUAUUACUUUGAUCAAAGCCUUUUCAAAUUUCAAAACAUGAGAAUUUCUACUUGACUUUAUCAGAAAUGAAAAGAUUGUUUUCAGUCUGCUGUAAUUCUUAUUUGCCGUGCACAGUUUAUACACCCAAGCUGUAUUCAUUUUAGCCAUGAUUUCAUAUAACUGACACUUUGUUUCUUGGGCACUUUUGGAAUGGUAUUUUGAGCCACAAAAGUGGAUUCAUCAGAUGUUGAACCACACAGUCAUGGCUUCUGCAGGAUUUCAGUGCCAGGAAACUGGAUGGCUCACUUGAGUCAAGUGCCAAGGAAUUAUGACAUGGGGAUUAAAUAUGGAGUUUUUUCUGGAGGUUUCAUCACACACACACAAAAUGGCAUCACUUCAAAGCAAAACUAAUUAUUUACUCCUAAAAAUAUUAAAGUCAAUGCUUCUAAGCAACUGUGUUAAGAUCACACACCCACACUCAUAAAUCUAAAGUCUUAAGCUCAAUAAUUUGGCAAUAAAUUCUACUGAAAUCAGUAAGUUUUUUCCAUAUUCAGGUAAGUCUUGUUUUUAGAAGAUACUCCCACUUCACCAAACAAAAUGGGGUUCCUUGUUUAAGUAAAAUAUAUCUGUUCUGAAGUAAAUCCUAUUGCAGUCUGUGGACUACUGUCAUUAACUUCAACCACAAGACUGCCUCAGGAAGGAAUUCUCAGCAAAGAUCCACCUCAUUUAAUCUAACGUACCCUACUAAGCCUUUAUAUUCUAAAGAUGGUGCUUUUUACAGUUACUAUUUUUGCACUACUCAGUGAUUAAAAAUUGACUGCAACAUGCUACAAAUCUGGGAUGGCUUUUCCAAGGUCCAAAACGUUGUAUUUUUCCUUUCCCCAUAGUAUGUCAUUGUUCAUUCAAUUUAGACAACAGACCUAGAUAGUAGAUAGUGUCAAUACUGAAGUAUUUGCUAAAUCCCCUGCAGCUUCCAUUCAAUCUAAAACCAAAAGUCUGUUAUGGUUUCAGUAAAGACUUCAUAAAAGUCAGUGGCAGGAAAGGUCCUCCUUAGUGGGCUGAUUUUGCUUCUAUUGACAGGAAAAUGUCACAAUACUCAGGCUGUGCUUUCUAUUCAAUCAUAUCACUGUAAAAGAAUGUCAAUAAAAUCUCUUUGUUAUGGCA